AUGUUCGCCUCGGUGGGCCCUCGGGGCGGCCCGCGCCCACCCGUCGCCCCGGCCAUCCCGGAGCCGGACCUCAGUCAUCUGACCGAGGAGGAGAGGAAGAUCAUCAUGGCUGUGCUGGCUCGGCAGCGGGAGGAAGAGGCUAAGGAGGAGGCCAUGUUAAAAGAAGAAAAGCCCAUUCAAGCCAGAACCGUGAACCUGGUUGGACAGAAGAAACCCCCGCAGCAAAACGACGUCAGAGGUAUCCAGCAGCAGCUAUCCAGCUACAGGGAGACUGUGAUCCGACAGGCCACGGCAGCAGCAGGCUCGGCUGUUCACCGGGACGACGCACCAACCUGUGGCAUCUGCCAUAAGACCAAGUUCGCAGAUGGCUGUGGGAACCUGUGCUCGUACUGCCAGACCAAGUUCUGCGCUCGCUGUGGGGGGCGAGUGUCGCUGCGAUCCAACACGGAGGACAAAGUGGUGAUCUGGGUGUGCAAUAACUGCCGGAAGCAGCAGGAGAUCCUGACCAAGCCGGGCGAGUGGUUCACCGGGCCACCCGGGAAACCCGCUGGCCUCGGUUCAGCCGUCAGCGAGCCGUCGGUGUGCCAAGCGCUUGGGGACAAGAAGCUCAGAUCUCGCUCCCAAGCACCUCCAGGCUCCACCACUGCAAUCCACGAUCCCAACCGACCGAGCGCACCUGGGAUCGCGCCUGGCACCGAUGCUCGGUCGCUCAGCGAACCACCACGAGACACGAGAAAUGGACGGGGUGGAGGAGGUGGUCGGGGAGAGCGGCGACAAGGUCAGCCCAGGCUGAAGACCCAGGUCUCCAUGGACCGGGACCUCAGGGGGGAGUCUAGGGAGCGCAGGGAAAGUCGGCGCCUCACAAAGGGACGUUCUCUGGAGCAUGAUCCUGUGGGAGGUGUUGGUGUAAGACGGACAGAAGAGGGGGAUUACCACCACGUGGACCACACUGGUGCACCCCCUCGACAAACGGGGCCCGUCCCUCCUGGAGGCAGGUCCCACCCUGCGCCUGGGCAGGGUCGAGGUUUAGGCGUGGGGGGAGGUGAGGUCGGGGACGGUGCUCGACCUGGACAGAGGACGGUGGGUGGGGUAGGCGGGCCGCAUGAACACGUUAUUUCACAGCAAGCCCCUCCCCCUGAACUCAGAGAACCUCCUGAUUCAGGUCCCGGCUCAGCCCCCGGCCAGGGACCGUCAGUGAAACGGACCAAACGGGACAAGGCUGAGAGCAUGCUGCGCAAUGAUUCGCUAAGCUCCGACCAAUCGGAAUCUCUGCGUCCACCACCACCGCGGCCCUACAAGUCAAAACGAGGGCAGGGGGCUGGAGGGAAGAGACAAACGAGCGUCAGCAGUUCAGAGGAGGAGGGAGGGACCACGCCUGAGUACAGCAGCUGUGAGGAUGCUGAGAUCGAAAGUGUCAGUGAGAGAGGCGACUGGGAAUGCUACCCACAUGACCCCACCGUGUGGCAUCAUCCUGUAACCUGGCAGCCAUCCAAGGAAGGAGACCAUCUGAUUGGACGAAUCACCCUCAGCAAGAGAAGUGCCACCAUGCCUAAAGAAGCCGGGGCUUUGCUGGGGUUAAAGGUGGUGGGAGGCAGAGUAACGGAGUCAGGGAGAUUAGGUGCCUUCAUCACCAAAGUUAAGAAGGGAAGCCUGGCUGAUGUGGUGGGACAUCUCAGAGCAGGAGACGAGGUUUUGCAGUGGAAUGGCAAGUUGUUACCAGGAGCGACCAUGAAGGAGGUUUAUAACAUUAUCCUGGAGUCUCAAGCGGACCCCCAAGUGGAGCUGGUGGUAUCCAGGCCUAUUGGUGAUAUCCCAAGAAUCCCCGACACGUCCCACCCUCCAUUAGAAUCUACAGGUUCCAGUUCUUUUGAGUCCCAGAAGAUGGAGAGACCGUCCUUAAAUGUCCUAUCUCCCUCCAGUCCCGGGAUGCUCCAAGAUGCUCCACAGUUAAUGCCAGGGCAACUUUCAGUGAAGCUGUGGUACGACAAAGUGGGUCACCAGCUCAUAGUGAACGUGCUGCAGGCUGUGGAGCUUCCUCUCCGGCCUGACGGGCGGCCCAGGAGCCCCUACGUCAAAAUGUACUUCCUCCCUGAUCGCAGUGACAAGAGCAAACGAAGGACAAAAGCAGUGAAGAAGACCUGCGAGCCCAAGUGGAACCAGACAUUUGUCUACAGUCACGUCCAUCGCAGGGAUUUCCGCAACCACAUGCUGGAGCUGACCGUGUGGGACCAACCCAGGUCUCCAGAGGAAGACAGCAUCUUUCUGGGAGAGGUCCUGGUAGAGCUGGAGACGGCCUUACUGGACGACAAGCCUCACUGGUAUCCACUCCAAACUCAUGAUGUCUCAUCCAUACCGCUGCCCCAACCCUCCCCAUACCUGCCACGACGACACGUAGACGCCCCUGGCAAGAAACUGCAGCCAGAUGGACGUGGCAGAGAGAGGCAGCGGGAGUCCGCAUCGACCCUGGAGGUCCCUGAACAGCAGAGGACGCCCACCCAUCACAUACGUUCUCGCUCAGUCUCACCUCAUCGCGAGGAGCAGGGCCGCAUGCGGUCGCGGCCACCCAAUGUCCCCCCCCAGAGGAGUCUGGACGAUGAGCUUCCUCAUGCUCGUCGUUCUCGUUCUCCAUCCCGCUACUACGAUGCAGCUAGAGGUCGCCAUCAAGGGGAAGGGUAUCUGGACGACAGUGAGGUCAUCAUGAUUCACCAAUCAAUGCGAGGCAAAAGUGCCGAGUGCCUGCACACCAGGAGAUCUACUAGGCACAAUAACACACUGCCACCUAAGAUGCCACUUUUGUUCAGCGGUUUCCACAAACAAGCAGACGGUGAUCUGCAGCCUUCUCUGGACAGGGUUAGGAGCGCUAGUGCCAACUGUCUGGCGCCAAACAAUCAUGCCCCCUCACCAGAGACUGAAAGAAAAUCUUUGUCCCAUUCCCUGCCCCGAAGACGUCCAGCAAGUCCCAGGAUUCUUAUUCAACAUGCUUCCCCUGAAGAUGACAGAAUAUGGAUGCUACUUCCCUCUCAAGAGAGUUUAAUUCACCUCAGUACAAAGAAGAGGAAGCCUCGGACCCUGGAAACACCUGAAAGUCACACUCUUGGCAGGAAGCUCUUUGACAGUGGCAGGGGCCACCUCCAAGAUGGUGCGUCUCUUUCCUCCUCAGUGACGUCCUCAUCCACCCGACGAGUGAGGCAGCUCCCACAGCUUCCCCCCAAGAGCAGCACUGUAGAACAAGCCCUGGUAGCAGAGGAGCGUGUCCGUCAGCUCCAGAUGAGGGUUCAUUCCAAUCGGGUGUCAGCUGCAGUCACCUCCAGCCAACAGGACCUCGACCGGGCCCUCAAGAAUAAGCGGGAGCUCUAUAAGGACCAGAGGAGGAGUAGUGAAAAUGUUUCCCAUAAGUCCUCAGACAGUGAUGUCAGCGACGUCUCAGCCAUCUCUCGAACCAGCAGUGCCUCUCGCAUCAGUAGCACCAGCUACAUGUCCAUCCAGUCAGAGAGACCCCGAGGACGCUUCAGUCGAGCCAUGCGCGCAUCGGGUCGCCACAUGAUGAAGAGCACCAGCAUCAGUGGUGAGAUCUACGGCAUGGAGCACGCCGACGGAAGCCAGUCAGACACAGCGCUCGGGAGUUUGGGGAGUGGAAUCAAGAAGCGGCGCUCGAGCCUGAGCCAACGUGUUGUCGCCAUCCUGCCGUCCAGAAGGAGUCGGAGUACCUCGCAGCUCAGCCAGACAGAGGCGGCGGGUAAGGCGGCGGACAGACAGAAAGAAGCAUCAGCAGGUAAGAAGGUGGGUAAGGCGGGCAGCAGCAGCAUCCAGAGGAGUGUGGAGACGGGCAUGGCAGUGGAGUAUCCACGAGGAGGAUCAGCCAUGAACCGACAGGCCAGCAGAGAGUCGACCGACGGCAGCAUGAACAGCUACAGCUCUGAGGGGAAUCUGAUCUUCUCAGGGAUGCGUUUGGGUGCCGACAGCCAGUUCAGCGACUUCCUGGAUGGAUUAGGCCCCGGUCAGCUAGUGGGCCGGCAAACACUGGCAACACCUGCUAUGGGUGAUGUUCAGAUUGGUUUGAUGGAUAAGAAAGGCCAGCUGGAGGUGGAGGUGAUCAGGGCACGAGGCCUUACCCCCAAACCAGGCUCUAAAUCCCUCCCAGCUCCCUAUGUAAAGGUGUACCUGCUGGAUAAUGGAACAUGUAAAGCCAAAAAGAAAACUAAGAUUGCACGAAAGACCCUGGAGCCACUCUACCAGCAGCACCUGCUCUUUGAUGAGAGUCCCCAGGGCAAGGUGCUUCAGGUGAUAGUAUGGGGUGACUAUGGACGAUUGGACCACAAAUGUUUCAUGGGUGUAGCACAGAUACUGUUGGAGGAGCUGGACCUCUCUAGUACGGUGAUCGGCUGGUACAAACUGUUUCCACCAUCCUCACUGGUGGACCCUACAUUAGCUCCGCUCACACGGCUGGCGUCUCAGACGUCACUGGACAGCUCAGGACCGCCGCCGGGCGUUCGGUCCUAGUGACCGGAUGUUGACCGCCCACCCCUCAACACCCCUUAAGUGACAAAAUAAUAUAAUGGACCACAGCUACUGGACCACAACUGAGCAGCGGGGUAAGAACACACCCCGAGGAAGUCAACGAGAAGCCCUCGGUCAACCAAUGAAAAGCCAGACGGAGAGACAGGGAAUGAGAGUGAGAAAGAGAGGGAGAGACAGAACUAGCCAAUCAAAGCUUAGCUGGAGUCUGACAAUCACGUCUCACACCUUCCCUCUUCCUCCUCCUUACACCUUUUGUUUUCAAAGUUUUGCUUUCUUUGUUUUCUCCUCUGACCUGCAGCAGUGGAGGCUUCUGUCAAACAUCAUUGUUUCUUUCCACUGUUUUUCUUUUCUAAUUUUUCCUUGUGCAGCCAGUAUCAGAGCACCCAAACAAAGUGGAGUUCUCCACCUAGUAACCUCCAGCCAAUCAGAGUGGAGCUCACAGCCAGGCCACAGGGAAAAGCGUUGAAGUAGCAAAUAGUUGCAGCUUCACCAGGUUGGCUGUUGUCUCUUCAGGUUUUACCAUGGUAAUAGUGUCCUAGAUGAGCCCAAGGGGCAGACGCUUGGCACAGUGUAACCUUGAAGGAAAGGGGAGCCUGCACAUGCACUUGCACAUUCUUAGCCUCGAGGGGGAGACACGACCAGAAGCACAAGAAAAGCUUGACUCGUUCAUUCGAAUAGAGGCCAGACCUUUUCUGUGUGGAAAGAAAACAGAGACCAAAUUGCUGAUUAGAAUUUCACUUUUAAUUUUGGAUCAUAAUUUCUUCUCUCUUUGUUUUGCCUAUAGUUCAGAAUGGUGCCACAUGGUGCAGACUCCCUCUGUGUAUGUGUAUGUUUGGUUUUUGAGCAAUGGCAUGCCAAAGGCCAGCGACAAAGGCCAGGCCACAUUUGUUUGAAUACCCUUCACCCGUCCACCACGACCUGUCUCCUCCCCUCCCCGAACCCCUCAAACUCCCCCUGUGGGAGGGAGCAGCAUGACUCGGGGACGCCCCUCCCCGGCCCCAAGCUGCAUGCACGUUUCUUUUGUUCCCUUCGUUUAGUUUUUUUGGUUUGUUUCUCUACUUUUUUGUAAAAUUGAAAGACAAGACAAAUUAAGGAACAAUUCUCAAAAAAACAAAAACAGAAAAAAAGACUAGACUAUGUGUGUUAGUUCCACAUACUUUUAGGCCAGCUUGUAUGUUGCAUGUUCUUGUACAGUUUGCUCGUACUGAAUAUGAAUACAAACCGAGAAAAGCCAAGCCAUCCCCGCCCCCUAACAGGAGCGGAUCAAUUUGGGGGGAGGGUGACAGUUCCACCCAGGCCUCGCCUACCACUCUGGGUCUAAAUAUCCAUAUUAGGAAGUCUCCAAAACAAUUGUCUGAGUUUUUUCUUUGAACCCUUUGAACAACAGUGCUGUUCUGUAGUACUGAGCAUACUCGAGCCCCUGGCGUAUCUGAGGAUGUAGAUUAUGAGAGUCGGGGCUAGAGACAGAGAUAGAGAAUGUGUGUAUAACAGCUAAAUGUAUAUGAAGUAUCAUUAUGAGUUUGACAUAAAUUAUAAAGAUAUAGAUAUAUGAAUAUAAAAAGAGUGUAUCUGACUGUACACCUGUCACCAAUACACACAGACAUGCACACUUUGUACAUACAAAUUAGGCUUGAACUUAAGUUAUGAACAAACAAAACAUCGCUGACACACAAACAUUCCUGGUCUUGUUGAGGGGAAUACGCGUCCAGCACUUGAACUGCUGAGUGGCUACGAGACACAAGUGGGCGCUAAAAGGCCUUUAUUUUUGACCCGGUUGCAGAAAAAUAAGCAGAAUCAAUUGGAGCAAAGUUUACUUUCUUCUCCUUAAAACCACCUUUUUUUUCCCUGUUUAUUACUAUUGGUUUGGACUGGACUUCUAAAGCCAACAAGAAACUUGGUUUUGCAGACAUAUUUUGCAGAUGUUUUUGUUGAAGCACUUGGCGGUACGGCCGACUGCCCUUUCCUUUGUCAGUAUUACUCCAGGAAUACUGAUUGUUUACAGCCCAUGGCUCCCCACUCCCAAACCACGAUUCUAGAUGAAAGAUGAAGUAUUCACUGCAACAGUUCUUGUUUGUAUAACAGAUGUGGCUCU